AUGAACUCUGACGUGCACCGUCAUCAGGCGCAUCCGCCGCUGUCGCAGCACGGUGUACACGCGGGCGGGCAAGGCGUGGGCCCCUGCGGCUGGUAUUCGGCGUCAGCUGCGCCGGCGCCGACAGCUCCCGCGAGGCUCAAGCGUGCGCAACCCCCACAUCAGCUACCGUCCGGAGUCGGUGUGAGCGGCAAUAAUGGUCCCCACGCUCCUCUCUCGCCCACCGCUUUGCAGAGCUCCAUUCAGCACAAUAAUGUGAUGUCGUCAUCGGUGCGUGCCCCUGCGCCGCCUGGCCCCGCCUCCUCGGCAAUGCACACCUCACAGACGGGUGUAAUCCCCAAGGGGCCCAGUGAUGUCCUGGUGAAUACUUCCAAUCAGAAUCCUCCGCCCGCAGCCAAUAGACUUGUUAAUAUGACUCAAUAUCCAUGGCACCAUGGUGCUAUAUCCCGUGAACGCGCUGAGGCGCUGCUGUCGGGUUCGCCGGAUGGAGUGUUUUUGGUGCGAGAGAGUACAAACUUCCCGGGAGACCACACUCUUUGCGUACGCUUCCGCGGGCGCGUGGAACACUAUAGAGUCAAGUGGGCGACCGUACCUGACAGCCAAAACCAACGUCUUACAAUUGAUGAUGAAGAAUUCUUUGACAACAUGACAGACCUCAUACAUCAUUAUUUGAAGGAUGCAGACGGGUUGUGCACGAAACUAGUACGGUGCCUACCCAAAGCGUCGCCAAAUGGUGCCAACAACAACAACGUACUGCAGCCGCCUUAUUCACCGCUACCUGCACAACCGCCGCCGUAUCCAGCAACUCCGAGCGUAUCGCACGCGCUCAGCUCGGGCCACUUCCCGCACGCGUACAACACUCAAGUUCCCGCAACAGAUCAGACCGACAGCGUCAUGCCCCCGCAGAAGUUUGUCGACGCCCGCUGGAUAAUAGCAGAACGCGACCUGGAGAUCCGCGAGAACAUCGGCAAGGGCGAGUUCGGCGAUGUGAUGCUUGGCAUAUUGAACGGCACGCAAAAAGUUGCCGUCAAAAUUCUGAAGGACAAAGAGGCAGCCAGCAAAUUUCGCGCUGAAGCUAGUGUUAUGGCAUCGUUGAAGCACGAAAAUCUAGUGCGACUACUCGGGUGCGUAGUGUUCAGUUCGAACGGCAGCACUUGCAUAGUGACGGAGCACUGCGCGCAGGGCUCCUUGCUUGAUUACCUACGCAGUCGUGGACGUCACUACGUUACGCAGCGGGAUCAGAUCGACUUUGCCUAUGACGCGUGCUGUGGUAUGGAGUACCUGGAACGCCAGCGCGUGGUACACAGAGAUCUAGCAGCGCGAAAUGUGCUGAUAUCGCAAGAGGGGACAGCCAAGGUGGCUGAUUUUGGCUUGGCGCGAAGCGACGCAGUGCCAGACGACCCCGCUGAUGCGUUACGCGUGCAAGCUAAACUGCCCAUCAAGUGGACUGCACCAGAAGCGCUUAAGUAUAACAAAUUCUCUAACAAAUCAGAUAUGUGGAGUUUUGGUAUUCUUCUCUGGGAGAUAUAUUCAUUUGGGAGAGUGCCAUACCCGAGAAUUCCAUUAGCGGAGGUAGUGCGACACGUAGAACGCGGCUACCGUAUGGAAGCGCCCGAGGGCUGUCCCACGGGACCCUACGAGGUUAUGCGUGCGGCCUGGCACGCUGACCCGACGCACCGACCCACUUUCGCACAGACCAGGCUGCGUCUUGCUGCCAUACGAGACGCUGCACAUGCGCACCAGUGA